AUGCAUAUAGCUGAAAGAAAUGGAGAGCAGCCCCAGCUGACAACCAGCAAGGGAAUAGAAUUCAACCAUCAACCCGAAAUGAAUUCAACCAUCAACCUGAAUGAGCUGGGUGAGGAAGAACAUGAUGAGAUGGAGGGCUGCUGGAAAGGCAUUCCUGCCCUGCUGGUCAUCCUGGCUGUGCUGGCAGCUUCUGGAUCCAGCUAUCAAAUCCUAGAAGGCCCCAAGAAUGCAACAGUGCUGGAGGGCUCGGAGGCUCGCUUCAAUUGCACCGUGUCACAGGGCUGGAUGCUCAUCAUGUGGGCACUGAAUGGCACGGUGGUUCUCAGCCUCACCCCCAAUGAGCCCAUCAUCACAAACAGCCACUUCACCGCUGCCAGUUAUGAAGUGGAUGGUAACUUCGUCUCCGAGAUGAUCAUCCAUGACGUGCAGCUCAGCGAUGCUGGACACAUCAAAUGCAGCCUUCAGAACAGUGACCGGGAUGCCUCUGCGUUUCUUUCAGUCCAAGUUAUGGGAACGUUGCUCAUUCCCAGCAGUCUUGUAGUCACUGAGGAUGAACCCUGUAAUGUUACUUGUCGUGCAGUGGGUUGGGUUCCACUCCCAGAUAUUGCCUGGGAGAUCGGUGUUCCCGUAAGCCAUUCCAACUAUUACUCCUUCCCGGAGCCUGACGACCUUCAAAGUGCAGUGAGCAUCCUCUCUCUCACGCCACAAGGCAAUGGGACUUUGACUUGCGUGGCUAAUGCGACGGGUCUACACAUUCACAAGUCUGUCGCUGUAAACCUUACUGUGAUUGAGCCUCCUUCGGGCAAUAUUGAUAAACCAGGCACAUCAUUGCCUACCUGGGCAAUAAUUCUCCUUGCAGUAUUCUGUUCACUGCUUUCGAUCCUGAUAAUUGUUCUGAUUAUAAUCUGCUGCUGCUGUGUCUCCAGGAGAGAGAAAAAAGAAUCUAGUUAUCAAAGUGAAAUAAGGAAAUCUGCGAGUGUGAAAACAAACAAAGAAAUGGUUGAGACAAAGAUAAAAAGUGGAAAUGAAAACUACGGAUACAGCUCAGACGAAUCAAAGACCGCAAAAAUUUCCUCUCUCCCUCCAAAGUCCCAUGAGCUCAGUGUUCUGGAACAACACAACACCAGGUAUCCUCAUCAGGGACCUGAUGAACGUCAGCCAGCCCAAGCUACUCGUCCAUAUGUUUCGUUUAUUAUGGCCAGUCCGAAGAAGGUCAGGAACGUAACGCUGGUAUAG